AUGGGCAAUGAAGACAGUAAUAGUAUAUCUUCAAAAGUAACAAAUGAAAAAGAAGAGGUGACCGCAGAAAACGCUGAUAUUUCAAAAAAUACAAAUAAUUGUUCAUCUGAGUCUUUGAAUGAAAAAUUAGAUGUUUUAAUAACACUUUCUGAUAGUCAUGAAAAAUUGAAAAAUGUUUCGUUUGAUAGUAGUAGUAAAGAAAAUAUUGUUGGCCAAGAAAUAAAAAACGGUGCUAGUGAAAUAGAAGGCGUUACAAAUAUAUCCUUAAAUGAUAACAUAGUAGAAAAUUUUAAUAAUCAUAAUAAUGUCGCAGAAAAUACCUCUAUUUUAUCAAUUAAUGAAGCGAACCAAACGAAUUUACUAUUUGAAGAAAAAACAUUAAAUGACAAUAAUAUUGAUGGUAGAAUUGAUUCAUGGGACGAAAUUUCUGAAGAAAAAUCGAAUGAAUAUUGUGCUCAAAUUUCCACAGACAUUUUAAUAGAAGAUGACAUUUCAUCAGAAAAACUAACAAUUAACAAUGAAAAAUUAGAGAAUUCAUUAACAGUUACUUACAUAAAUGAUUUAGAUAAAAACGUCAAUUCUCCUCAUGAUUUACUAACUGAAGUUUACCAAAAUAAUUCUUUUUUACCUGAUAAAAAUGAAACAAAUUGUAAAUUACAAGAAUUAGAUACUCAAACAAUUGUUUCAUGUGAAUUGCCUUGUGGUUUAAAAGUAACAUUACCUAGUAAUUUAGUACCAAAAGAUAGUAUUAUUAUUUCUACCAUUUCAUCAACUGAAGCAACAACGUUUUCUAAUGGAGAAUCAUCAUUACUAGCAAAUGGAUCAAUUAAUUAUAUUUCAGAAGAAAUUAAAAAUGAUAACCUUGGGAAUAAUGAUGCUUUAAAUGAUGAUAAAGAAAAGUUAACAAAAAAUAGUGACAUGAUAUCAUCCCUCUCAAGAGAAAUAUCAAAAGCUAUAUAUAGUGGUACACCAUCUUUUUAUAGUGAGGAAAUUAAUUCAUCAGACAAGUCAUUAAAUGAUCUCGCUGGGACUUGUCUUACUAACUAUACUACAGCAUAUUCUAGUGGCCUUGAUAAUGCAACAUCACUUUUGAAUGUAUCCUCUCCUGAUCUCGUUGGAUCUCAACAUACUAAUACAGCAGGAUCUCUUUCUUCUAAUAUUUUAGGGAAUCAAUUAAAUAGUUUAUUGGGAUCAUUAACAAAUGAGUUCUUAGUAAAUCAUCUUAAUAACUUUACUUCUGGACAAUUAAGUUCAAUAGCUGGUGCUUUUGCUAAUACAUUCAAUGAAUUUUCCAAUUCUCUAGGGAAUAAUUAUUCACCAAAUUUUAUAUCAACAUCCAUUCCAAAUACAUUACUUAAUACUCAGAAAUCUCAACAAACAAACAAUGAUUCUUUAAAUAAUUCAAUAAAUACAUAUAUUUCAUCUAAUUUUAUUAGAGAAUCAUCAUUAACAAAUGAUUUAUCAAGUUUUCACAAUGAUAUUGGUGAUAAAGACGAAGGAAAUGAUUCACGGUCAUCUUCUAUUGAUGGUUCAGAAAGUGUGGAUAGUAAAAAUUCAAAAAAAUUACAAGUUCAUGAUGCCUUAUUAUAUUUAGAUGAUGUUAGAAAAAAGUUUCAAGGAACUGAUGUUUAUAAUCACUUUUUAACUGUUAUGCGAUUAUUCAAAGGACAAUUAAUUGAUACUCCUGAAGUAAUAAAAAAAGUAGCAGAUUUAUUUAAAGGUUAUCCUUAUUUAGUUGUUGGUUUUAAUGCUUUUCUUCCAACAGGGUAUAUGGUCAAACUUAUAGAUGAUGUAUUAUAUGCUGAGGAACCGAGUGGAAAAACAUGGCCUGUUUAUAAUAAUGAACCUCCUGUAGGAACAGCAUUAAGGACAGCAACAGAAAUUGUAAAACAAAAUGCAUUAAAUAAUCAGGUUUUGUCAUUUUUAGCAAGAGAUCCUAGUAUUUUAAAAUCUAUUAAUAAUCCUAGUUUAGUAUUAAGUAACAAUUUUGAUUCUUUAUCACAAUUACCUUUAUUUAAUGAUACUUCAAAAAUAUCAUUAGCAAAUGAUCUUUCUUUAAAUCAAACAACAACUGAAUCUGAUAUAUCUAAUGAACAAAUGUCUAAACCAAUGGCAAAAGCUUUAUUAUAUAUUUCAAAAAUAAGAGCUUUUUAUUUAGAUGAAGAUGUAACUUAUAAUAAAUUUUUAAAUAUUCUUCAAGCAUACCAAGAAAUUCAAGACUCAGGAGAUAAUGAUUCUAUAGAAGAAAUAUUUAGAUCAAUUGCACAAUUAUUUGCAUCAAACAAAGAUUUAUUAAAAGAAUUUUCUGAUUUUAUACCAGAUACUUAUGUUUCACAAAGAUAUUUGUAUUUAGAUAUUGCCAAAGAAAUAAUUGAAGCUAACAAAGAAUGUACAAAUAAAUUUCCUACUUUAGUACCUAAUGAUGAUUUUCUUUAUAAUACUAAAUUAAGGAUAAGAAAAAAAAGAAGAGGAAGUAGAUCAUAUACAGGUUUAUGUGCAGAUUCACCAUCACGUUCUUCUGAUGAUGAUAGUUCUAAUGAUGAAAGUAUAUACUUAGGUAAUAUGGAUAAAGAUGAUUAUUAUAGUGAAAAUGAGACAGGUAAUGAAAGAGAAAAUAAAAAAGAAAUAGAAAGUUUUAAUGAAGUAAUUGAUGAGGAUGGUUGUAUAUUAAAUCCAGUAAUUGAUAAAGAUGAUAUACAAGAGAUAACUGCUGAAAAUUGUACUGUAUAUAAAGAAUUAGAUCCAAAUGAAAUAUUAUGUUUUUUACAAAAUAAUGAAAAUAUGAAUAAAUAUGAGUCAGAAGAAUGUUUAUUUUUUGGUAAUUUAGCACGGCAAGUUCACCUUCCUUCUGAAGCAGUAACAAUACAUAAUCAAUUAAAAUUACUAGAUACAGUUUCUGGAGUUAUAACAUAUGCUGAUGAUGUGCCUUAUUAUAAAAAAGUUGAACAUAUUUUUAGAAAUUAUCCAAAAUUUAAAAAUACAUGGUUAGAAAUGAGAAAUAAAGCUGAUCCCUAUAGAAUGGUUCCAGAAAGAGUUCGUGGUCCAAAAAAAGCUUUCUUUCAAUCACUUAAAAAUAUUGGUAGAUCAUAUAGAUUAUUACCUGCUGAUUAUCCUAGACCUCUUUGUUCUGGACGAACAGCAUUUGAACAACAAUUUUUAAAUGAUGAUUAUGUUGCAUUUCCACUUUGGUUAUCAGAUGAAAAAAGAGGUGAAGGAAUUUGUCAUAAAAAAAGUCCAACAGAAGAAUUAUAUAUAAAAUUAGAAGAAGAAAGAUUUGAAUAUGAUAUGGCAAUAUUAGUUACUCAAGCAGGAUUAGAUGUUUUAGAAGCAUUUUGGGAUAAAUUACAAAAUACUAGUAAUAGAAAUAGAAAUAAAAUUAUUAUUGAUAAGCGUUUUGGUGGUACAAGUGAUACAUUGAUUGAAAGAUCAAUGAAUAGAAUAUAUAAUCAUCAUACAAAAUUUAUGAUUGGUUGUAUGAUUGAAAAACCUCAUUUAUUUUUAAGAAAUGUAAUAGAGAGAAUGAAACAAUUUGUGGACGAUUUAACAAAACAGAAACAUGCAUGUAAUAUAUUAUGGAGAGAAAAAUCAGAUAAAUUAUAUUAUAAAGCUCAAGAUUAUCAAGGAAAUGUUCAAAGACAAUUUGAUUCUAAAUUAUUAAAAGGUAAAACACUUGUUAAUCAAGUUGUAGAAAAAAAUAAAGCACUUAUCAAAAGACAACAACAUGGUGAUAUUACAAUUAAAAGAAGUGAAUUUUUACAAAUGCUUCCAUAUUCUAUGAAAACAUUUAAAGAAGCUAGUCAAUUAAUUCUUCAUUAUGUUAAAAAACAUUUAUAUAUGACUAAGAAAGAUAAAAUAAUUGUUGUUAAAAUUAUAUGUGAAUUACUUCCAGAACUUUUGUGUUAUGAAUCUAUACCAUAUGAUAUUGAUGAUUAUGAUGGUCCACUUUUAGAUCCAACAGAUGAUAAUAAUGAAAAUAUUGAAAAUAUAGAAAUAGACAAAAAAGAUAUGUUUGUAUAUUUAUGGGAUAAAAAUAAAAAAGAAUUUAAAAGUAAUAAUGAAAAUUAUAAAAAAAAUGAGAUAGGGAAAAGAAAAAGAGAUAAUACACCCGAUGAUAAUGAACCACCUUCUAAAAUUGGUAAAAAUGAACAAGUUUCUGAAUUGUUAGAAGAAAUAAAGCAAAAAUAUCCUUUAAGAUCUCCUAGAAAUUAUGUUCCUAAUCUUUCAUCAAUAGAAUAUAAAAGUAUGUUUUGUAAUGAUGCAUGGGUAAUGUUUAUUAGACAUUUUGCAAUUAUAUGUGAUAGAUUAAAUACUUUAAAACGUAAACAAGAUCAUUUAAUUGAAAUGUGGAAUGAUGAAGAAAAAGAAAGAAAAAAAAGAAUUAGUAAAAAUAAUAUUACAAAUAAAGUGACUGAACAUUUAAAAAUGUUUAAUAUUGAUUAUCAUGAAUCAGAACUUCAUCCAGAUAAAGGUCAUCCUUCAACAUUUUAUGAUAAAGUAUAUGAAAAAAUGUUACUUUUUGUAUCAGGAAACAUAAAACAAGAAGAAUUUGAAGAUUUUGUUAGAAAUAUUUUUACCACAACAUCUCAUGUAUUAUAUUCAAUUGAUAGAUUUGUUCAUGUUGCAACUAAAAAUUGUAUUAAUGCUAUUGGUGAUAUGGAUGAAGAAAAUAUUAUCUCUUUAUAUUAUAGAAUGAGUAAAGUUAUUGAUACAAAAUUACAAUUUUUAGAUGAUGUUGAAUUUAAUGAACAAUCAGAAUAUCAAAUGGUUGCUGAAGAAUUAAUACAAAGAUCAAAAAUAUUUAAGCUUGAUUUUGUUAAAGAUACAUUUAAUCCUGGUAUUUCAAUAUAUUUUAAAUUUAUUAAACAAGCAUCUCUAUCUGAUAGUGAUGAUGAAGAUGACGAUGAAAAUGCAAUGGAUAUUGUAUGGAGAGAAUUUAUGGAUAGUUUAGAAACAGAAAAAUUGACUAAACAUAUGAAACAUAUAAUAAGAGAAAGACAAAAAAUAUUACCAAGAAAUUUGAAGAAAAAGGCUGCAAGGACAAAUUUAACGAGAGAUGAAAUGAAUCGGUUACCAUUUACUCAUAAAGAACCUGAUGAUAAAGAUAUAUGGUAUGAAGGUAAUGUUCGUGCAUUAGAAAAAUCUUCAGAAAAAUUUUUUAUUUCAUUUGUUCCUGGUACUAGUGAUUUAUUAAUGAGGAAAGGAUAUUCAGAAAGUGCCAAAAAGUUUACAUGUGAAACAGAUACUAAUAGACGAAGAAAGUUUGAAAAUUGGCUUAUUACUAGAAAAGCAGAACUUGGUAUAGAUGAUAGAACAAAUGAUUUUGAAGUUUUUACUGAAAAUACUAAUCUUGUUGAAGUUAUACAUCCAAAAUAUCAUCAAAUACGAUUGAAUCGUUAUGUUACUGAAUUGUUUUCAUCUGUCAGUGGUUUACCAUUACCUGAAUUUGAAAUGGUUGAUGAAAAUGACAUUGAAGAUGAAGCUUUAGAUGAAGAACAGGAAACAGAAGAAACUGAGGAAGAAGAUAGUGAAGAUGAAUUACUUGAAGAUGAACAAUGUCAUAAUGAAAAUGGUCAUGAGGAUGAUGAAGAAAAUGACAAUGAUGAGGAUGAUGAUGAAGAAGAUGGUGAUAAUGAAAAUGAUGAUAGUGAUAUUAACAACGAAAUAGAUGCUGAUGGUGAGUAUGAUGAAAAUGAUAUUGAAGAAGUUGAAAUUAAACAAGAAGGUACUAUUUAUGAAUAUGAAGGUAAUCGAUAUAUACUACAACAUGGAACAGAUGAAAACGGUGAUGGAACUUUAUAUUAUACAUUAGAAGGUCAAUCAGAAAAUGUUUACGAUCGCGGUGAAUAUUUAGAAGAAUAUCAAUAUUUUGAAUCUGAACAGCAACUUUUAAAUAAUGAUGAGUACCAUGAAGAUCAUGGUAACGAAGAGCUUUAUCAAGAAAAUGAAAUUCAUUUAAUCAUUGAUGAAUCAAAUAAGUUAAGGAAUGUUGAUGAUGAUGAAACAGAAAGUGCGGAAAUUACAAAUGAUGCUCAGGAAGAAUAUAUCAAUGAUUUGAAAGAUAUAAAAGAUGUGGAUGAUAUUGAUACUCCAGAUAAUUUGAAUGAAGAAAUAUUAUCUGAUGAAAUUGUGGCAGAAAAGUCUGAUAAUCUUAGUUCAACACCGGAGAUUAAUGAUGAUGCUAAUUUAGAAAAUAAUGAGAUGGAGUAUAGUGAUAAUUCAGAACAAAACACUUCAGUUUUUUCAACAGACCAAGAAUAA